GCCCUUCUUCCACCCCUCUACACAGCAUGAAGCUCUACACCGACAAGGUUUCUGGCGACGAGAUGUUCUCGGACGGCUUUGACUUCAAGGACAUUGACGAUGUCGUCUACGAGGUCGAUGCCGCCAACAUUGUCGUCCAGGAGGGCGACGUCGACAUUGGAGCCAACCCGAGUGCCGAGGAGCAGCAGGAGGCCCUCGAGAAUGGCGGUCAGCAGGUCAUCAACAUCGUCCACUCGUUCCGCCUCCAGUCGACGACGUUUGACAAGAAGUCUUACCUCACCUACCUCAAGGGCUACAUGAAGGCCAUCAAGGCUAAGCUCCAGGCCGAGAACCCAGAGCGGGUCGAGGUGUUCGAGAAGAAGGCCGCCGAGUUCGCAAAGAAGAUCGUCGGAAACUUCAAGGACUACGACUUCUACACUGGCGAGUCGGGCGACCCGGAGGGAAUGGUUGCGCUGCUCAACUACCGCGAGGACGGUGUCACGCCCUACCUCAUCUUCUGGAAGGACGGUGUCAAGGAGCAGAAGAUCUAACGGGACACACACCGACUGUAAAUCAAGGAAAGCAAGGCAAAUCCCGAGGAUGGCAGGGGGCUACCGCAUGAAAAGAAGAGGCCAAUCCACCAAAUAUCCCUACACUCCCAAUCUACCGCUCAAAAGGCC